AAAAAAGGGCAGGAUGUGGCAGAAAGAGUCCUGGAUAGGGAUUUGAAUCCUGCCUUCACCUGGGAAGCAGCUUCCUGACCUGUGAGGAGAACCCCUGCCAGGGAAGACAAAGCUGAGGAUGCCAGCAGAGGAACAGCCAGUGUGUGACUGCUGUUUUGGAAACUCCCGUUGGGGGCGCCCCCUCUACUGGCCUGACUCCCUAUAAAGGGCUGGCCCGAGCUGCAGAGAAUCCCUGCAGAGGAUCCUGAGGCAGCACAGUAUCUCCCACAGCCUCUGCCCACAGGUACCAUGAAGGUCUCCGCAGCUGCCCUAGCUGUUCUCCUUGCCGCUGCUGCCUUCUGCGCUCCUGCAUCUGCCUCCCCAUAUGCCUCGGACACCACUCCCUGCUGUUUUGGCUACAUCUCCCGUCCACUGCCCCACACCCACAUCCAGGAGUAUUUCUACACCAGCAGCAAGUGCUCCAUGCCAGCAGUCGUCUUUAUCACCCGAAAAAAACGCCAGGUGUGUGCCAACCCAGAGAAGAAAUGGGUGCGGGAGUACAUCAACUCUUUUGAGUUGAACUAGGAUGGAGGGCACCUUGAAGUUGAACUCCGGCCAAGUUUCCUAUUGCUUCUUGCUCUUGUCCUAACCGGCCAGCUUAGGGGGCUUCUCCCCAAUCGCCUACUCUCACCCGCUCCGUAGAGAGCAAAGGUUCCACCACACAGCAGCAGUUAUCAAAGCCUCCCCCCACCUGAAGCCUCCACAAGCUCCUGAGGCUCUGCCUUGUUGUACACAGGAAGUCGUCGGGCUCUGAGCUUCAGGCUCCUCAGCUCUGCCAUGGCUCUGCAGUCAGGAAGGAAAGUGGGCUUCUAUGGUAAUGUCCCGCAGCCAAAGCUCCCAUCUCAGCUCCUCACUGGGAUAGGCUGACUGGCAAAAGUGAAAAAUCGGCUUUCCAUUAAAAUGCUC